UCGAGCAGCAGCGGAUCACGGAAUUUAACGAGUGAGUGAAUUUGACAAACCGCCAUGCCAUAGUAAUCCCUCAGCCUCGUAAACAAGUCGAAAGCAAGCGGAAUACCAAAAGGUUCCGGGCCGAGGAUUCUGCAGAGUGUCGUCUUUGAUGCUGAUCCUUGAUGGGCGAAUCAGGGCCACGCCGCUCCACCCUGGUCUCCAGGUUACCCAUCUUCAGGCGGAGCGUGAGCAAGAGGCAAGAAUCACUUCCGUCCUCACCGUCCUCUGGAGGUGUGGGCAAUGGCGUCCACACCUCUUCCCCCUCCAGCACCAACUCGAGCUCCAGCAGCACGGGCAAGCGCCGCAGCCUGUUCCGGACGCCCUCCAUCAGCUUCCACAGCAAGAGGAGCAGCGAGACGCGUAUUGACCCCGGCCAGCUCAAUCUGGAUGACCGCAGCCAAACAUCUGAGCUGGGCUUCAAUGACGGCUGCAGCUCUAAGACGCGACAUUCCUUUGGUUUUGGAGGGCACAAGAAGAGGAUCAGCCGCUCCCAGACAGAGGACUUUGAGAAAGCCUCCACCAACCGCAACGUGUUUAUCAACUGCAUCAGCUCAGGGACUAAUGAGGGGGAUGAUUCAGGUUUCCUGGAUGAAACCAGCAGCAAGAGAUCCUCCAGGCACAAGAAGCAGCUGCUGCCCAAGUCCUUUUCAGCUCACCAUCGAUUUUCCAAGAAUUCCCACAGUGCAAUAGAACAAGGUAAAAACCAGGAUGGUGCAGUAGAGCCCCCUAAGACAGGUACCCCUGGGUCCUGGCCUGGAGAAAUCGGGGAGAGCUCGCUACAGUCACCCAUGAUCUCUGAGGACCGCACAACUGCCAUCACGCCGUCAGACUUCGUCCAUGUCACUGAGGACUCUGUCUCAGAAGUGGACGCGCUGCCUGCACCUAGUCCAGCUGCUCCGAGUCCAGGUGCACCACCUGAAAAUUUCAGUCAGGUUGUGUCUACCUCACAGAUGUGUUUCAGCCCAGCCGAGCCUGCUCCAGAGAAGCCUGUACUGCCAGAUACUAGCCAAGCAGCCAACACGCAGUGCGAGAGCACCACAGUUCACACAACGCCAGCAACACCGAAGACUGUGGAGAAUCUCCAGCCUGAUCCAUCAGAAGCCAGCGAAAGUGAGCCAGCAGCGGGCCUGAGUGAGGAGAGCAGCUCCAACCCAGAGCCCAGAGAGAGGAGGCCUCGAAACACAGUCCUCAUCCAACAGCUGGGAAAAUCAGCCGGCUUAGCCAAACUGGAGAGCAGGCCAAGCCAUCUGAGGAAACCCCACACAGUGUCCAUGUGCAGUAGUGGCAGCCCAUACCAUGAGGUGAAGCGAAUGGAGAGGCGGCUCCGCUCGGCCUCGGAGGGUGCUGGAGGACCCAGGCUUCACCUCAACCUCAAAGAGCCUCACUGUAUGGAGGCCAGUACCCUGGCCAAACAGAGAACCAACUCCUCGUCCUCCAAACUGGGCAGCAUGGAUGUGUUGAACAAUCUCGGCUCUUCAGAGCUGGACGAGGACGAUCUGAUGCUGGACUUGGAGCUUUCAGACGACCAGAGACACCGGCAUGCUUCUCAGGAAGACUCCAGCCAAUCUCUCACCUCCUGCCUGAACCUGCUGCCUUCCCCCAUGGAGCCCACCAUGGACCAGACCCCUGCCAAGGAGACCAGAGAACACAACAGGGAGCCACGGCCAGUAUCUCUUUGUUUGUCCCGGGAUGAUGAGCCACUGGCUGGGCUGGAGGCACUUCCUUUCAGGCUAAUGCAGCAGGACUGCACGGCGGUGAAAACUCUGCUGCUACGACUGCGCAGGAUCUUGCAGGAGAGCACCGAGACCAGUCCGGCCAGCAGCCUUCAUUCUCUACCCAUAAGCCCCUGCAGUGAAAAGUCACUCCCUCUCAAGGAUCCAACGAGAGAGGAGAGCCAGUCCUUCCAGCAGCAGCUGAAAGAGAAAGAUGAGCUGAUCCUGCGACUGCAGGCUGAGCUGGAAGCUGCCCGUGCUACACAGAAACCCCUUUGCCAAAAAGCUGACAAAACAACCCAGACAGAUCUUGCAGUCUCAGAGGCCAUUCAUCCAAGUCGAGCCACAAGCCAAAACAGCAACAGCAACAGCAGCAGCCUCACAAGGGAGCGAAGGCAGGCGCGACCGUCCCCCGUCGAGCAGUCUAGAAGCACUCCGACAGGGCCAGAGGAGCGUGUGGGCCCUAACGGAGCCUGGAGCCAUGGUGGAGGAGCAGGAGUGCGGGAGGUGGUACCGGGACAGAGGAGAGCAGAGUCGUCUGAGGUGACCGCGCCACGUAAGCUAGAACUUCUAGGGCCAUCUCAGAUCCCUCGUGCUGUGGCCGGCAGCAGCUCCAGCCUGCCCAGCAGAGCCAGCCCCUCACGCAGCCUGUCCUCAGACAGUGAGAGGGGGGCAGGGCCACGAAGUGAGAGAGGACCACCGACCCGACCUCACUCUUCCUUCACUGGACGCCUCGGCCAGCCGCCCCGCGGUCCCCUGUCCCUGCACAUGUAUAGCCGCAAGAACGUUUUCCUCCAGCACUCCCUUCACACGGCUGAGCUGCAGGCUCUCGCCCAGCAGGAUGCCUGAAAACACAUUCACAAGUCUAGUUCACACUCAUUCAACAAGAUGAGAUGGAUUUAUGAUAUUUAUAAUUUGAUCAGUGUACGGCUGUCAUGACUUCAUCAAUUAAAUACAAUCUUUAAUUAAUAUUUUCCUUUUCAGUAAAAAAACAGUCUUUCCAAAGGCUACCUGGUUCAUCUUACAUUAUAUUUUUGAUUCUUUUAAUGUCUUUGGCUGUUUUGUUAUUCUUUAUUUUAAUUGUUUGUCCCUUUUUUAAAACCCUUAUUAUUUGUCAAAAUAAUCAGUAUAUUAUUGAUUUACUUUUAUUGCCCAGUAUCAGAUCAGUUCUCGACUUGACCAAUCAACAUGCAUCAACCUUACAAAGCUUUAAAAAUGGCAGAGUUUUGGACAGGGAAGAGAAGAACUCUUUCUCCAGUUAUUUGAAAAUCAUCCAUCAUUUUAUGACUGUAGAGCUAAAAUCCAUGAAACCCAAUGAUCCCUCAAAAGGUCCGGUUUUCCUUUAUUCGUUUGUUCUUUUUAAAUUGACCAACAAGGCAUAGAGCGAGACAAGCUUGUAUGGUCCAUGAAAGUUACUGUUUGAACGAUUGAAAUCAAACCAAAACAACUGAAAACCGUAGAUUACUGGGUAAAUCAUUAUUCUACAUUCAUUGUUUUGGAUUAAGGUAAAUGGUAUAGUGAUAGGAUUCUUAGACAAAGUCAUAACAAGGUGUCAAACAACAAUGUUAAGACAAGCCAAAAAGUUACAAGACAACUGUAAUGCUUACUACAGUAUUAACUUAGUAAGUGUGAGGUACAAACAUUAUAGUCCUAGAUAAUUAUUUUGGGUAACACUGGUAAAUUCCAAACAGUUUUACUAAAUUACUCUGAAAUGCCCAAUAGGUUGUAGCUGUUAACUAGGUAAUUGAGUACAAACUUUGAAGUAUUGUUUAACUAUUUUGUGUAAAAAAAGGCAAUCUUGAUCAGACUGAAAUGCCUAAAAGGUUCUAGCUAUUAAUCAGAGGGUAAAAUAUCUCAUAAAUGGAGAAAUUACUUGAAAUAAGUAAGUACAAAAAUCUACAAAAUUUUACUGAAAUGUCACAUGUUUAGGCAGGCAAGUAAAUGUUAAGGACCUACUAAAACCCUAGUAAGAAUCAUUGCUUUCAUUUACAACCUAGAUUUGGUUUUAUUUCUAGGUAAUAAACAGAUACAUACCAUACCUAGUGCCACCUUUUUCACCCCAUAUAACUACCUGGACUUGGGGGGUUUCCAUUGUACUUUCCUGGUUACAUGUGUGACAUUACAGUGAUAUUUAAAGGGAGCUUAUUCACCUUGUUACUCCAAAUAUAAUAUAUUUUACUGGGUCAUUUACCUGCUUAAUAGCUAGAAGCUAUUAGGCCUUAAAAUGUAACACAACAUAGUAAGCCACAACACAAAGUGCUAAAGUGGUGGCAUUCUUUAAAAUUGCUGUCUGCAAUGUCUAAAACUCCAUCAUCGUCUGGUCGGCUGAGUGUGAACUGAGCAAUACACACACACACACACAAACGUACUCCUACUCAAAGAACUUCUGCACUUAUCAUUCCAUCUCCCUCCCUGUGGAGGUACUUUACACAGCUAUUUGACCUGUAGACUUUUUCAGACUUUCAGUUUUUUUUCUUUUCAAACCUCAAUUUGGGUUUUUGCAGCCAGUUUCACCAACAGCUCAGCAUGAAGCUCUGUUGGCCCUUUUGGACCUACACAGGUAGACCUCAUUAGCAGCUGUGUGUCAAGGCCAAUACUGCUCAGUGUAAAGAUGCGGAAGGCAGUUCACAUUGACCCUGCAAUCGCUGCUGAAAAACUGACCUGGAAGAAAUCAUCUAGCAAUGUGACCAUUUAGCUCAAAUUUGUAUCUGUUGAACUGUUUCUUUUCUUUUUGUUGUUGUUGUGGGUACUACAGUGUGUCUAUGUGCGUCUACUUUAGCUUAAGCAUCCCCAAUCAUUUCAAGUGGUGCUCACGAUAAGUAAAUUAACAGCAUGUGUUCUUGAGAUCAAACUUCACCUUCUGAAAUGAACAGGGAUGCCAAGAGCCAAAAGCUAUGACUGAUAAAACUGAAUGACGUGUCUUAUAUCCAUGUCUAAAACUCAAUCAUUGCGGAGGUACGUUUGUAAAUCACCCUCAGCAGUACCCACCAGCACGUUUUUUGCACCAACAAACAUGACACUGCAGGCCCACGCACAUGUUGCCAAAUCAAAAUCCUCUCUUAAAGUGAGGGGUUUUAAAGCUCUUGCUGCUAGCUGGGAAUUAUGUGUGUGCUCUCAGACCCCUCUUAGGGAAUUUAACACUCAUUAACCUUUAUUAACCGCAUGCUACUCUCUCUCACUUUUUUAAUACUGCAAACAGAAAUCGAAGCUGAACCUUUUUGUACAGUGACUGUGGGUAAAAAUAGCUUUUACAGUGUUUUAAUAGAAAGCUGUGGCAGAAAGAGCCUCAAGUGAUCACCACUGCCUGUCUAUAAAUGGACACUAGGUGAGUCAGUUUUACCAACAACUCUAUGAGAGGACAGCACUGCUCUUGUAGAAAGAAACAAUUGUCUCCUGAUAGAGGAAUAAGCUGAUCUUAUGUGAGGUAAAGCACACCACUACUUCAGUUAAAAAAGUGACAAAGACCUACAUUUUUAAGCCCUUAAAGUCUAGACCAGUGGUUCCUAUUCCAGACCUCAGGACCCCUCAUACAAAAAAUGUUAGGGACCUGAGGACCUGGUUGGGAACCACUAGUCUAAACAUUUUCCUCAGUUAUUAAUCUCAAUGAAUUAUUUAGUAAAUACUGUGAAAGUAAUACAGUACUGUGCACUUGUUUGAGACCACCCUCAUUUAUUUCAUUUCCCCAGAGCCCACACCUCAACUUUAUAGAAUGUGUUUGGGAUUACUUGGAUUGUGAGAAGCAGAAAAUGCAAAUCUUCUAACUGAACUUAGAACUGGAAGUGAGGAAAAUAUCCCUGCAGAUUUCUUUGAAAAAGAAAGUGUAAUGAAAAGAAUGAAAGCUGUAAUAAAGCUCUGUUUUAGACAUGGCGCACAUCAUGGACCCGCUUGCAACUUACUAACUCGCUUAGUAGGCUGAAGAUUCUCCACAUGCGGACACUUAGCACUCCAGUAGUUUUUGGUGUUUCAUAAGAGCGGUGCUUUGCAUCAGUGACACUGUGUGAUAACCUUUACUUAAUGACUUUUUUACUGGAAAUAAAAUAAAUGUAGGGUGGUCUCUCUUUGCUUUUGCAUGAUACUCUGCGUAAGGUACGUAGGUAUGUAAGGAGCUGAAGUCGGGAUCUGCUGACGGGUUUCUAGAGUUUAAGGGGUUAAAAUCUUUGUUAAAGAAAACAUUAAAUCAAACUAAAUAAAUGUAAUUUAUUAGCAGAUGUUGAUGAUAAAUUUAAAACUGCCAUGGACAGUCUCUUAAGGAAUUCUGUGCACUCUGUAUGGAGGUGGUCUCAGGGAGGCAUGGCCUUGGCAUCUUUUUUUUCCCCCCAACAUUGGGACAGCUCUGGCCCUUCUUUGCGGAUCGGAAGGAUGAGCAAGGACAGUUGGAGGGGAAGGAAACCCUGAAGAAAUGCGGUCCCAUCCAUCCGGCAGGUCUGCUCCCCGAGGUCCACUGCUCCACUUACAGCAAUCUGCUGGGAGCACCAGCGCUCUCUUUGCUCUCUCUUUCUCUCAGCCCUAGUUCUACCGCUCUGCCUGAUCGGGCUCAGCAAGAGAAAGAAAAGAGGAGAGACGGUUUAGCGUGGUCUUGCCGUCACCACGCUGUGAUAUCAAUAUCAUCCCUCUGUGAAACUGGAACGUGUGUCUUAUGUGAUUUAAGAAUGACCUUGUAAGAACAGAGACUGCGUAGUCGUCCAGCCAGCCUAUGAGGCAGCACUUCCCUCGGCCAUUGCUUUCAGCAAUACUGUGUGAAUUUGACAUGGACUCCAAUGGCUGACUGUGGGUAGCUGAAUGCAUGUUUGAGAAUUGCAUUGUACUCAAUCAUUCUCUUUUGUGCCAUCAUUGGUAUAUACCUUUACCUCAGGGUAAAAGCUGUGAUGGUGCAAGAACGGGUUACUGUUUGUUCAGAUGGGGGGGGGAGGUUUGGGGAAGACUAAAUGGUGCAAAUGGAGCUCCUGGUCCUGUAAAUGUUGAUAGAACAUUGCUCAUUCUUUUUCACAAGACUGUAUGUGCAAACAUAUGUCUGAACUGACUCACUUUAAGUUCACUAGGCUAGCUAUUUAUUAUGCGCCUUAUUUAUUAUGUGUGUUAUUGUGAGAUUAUCACUCCAAGGUCUUAUUUUGUAUCUGAAUCUUUGAAAACCAGUGUCCUCAUAAAGGAUGCGUGUGAUGUAUCAGAAUGGUUAUGUACGUCAUCUUGAAGAACUGACUGUAAAUUAUGUAUUUUCCAAAAUGUACAGGGUCCACAUAAUAUUGGCACUUUGAAGAAUUGAUUUUAAACCAUUAUCAAAUGCUGAGAAUUUAAUAGGAUAUGUUCCUGUACUUUUUGGCUAAAUAGUGGUUUUCACAAAUAAUGAUAUGAUUUUCACUGAAUGUAAUAUAUUUACUCCCAUUAAAGAUAAGUAAAGACACUUCAGCAGCGCCCACUUCUCCAUUGACACUUAAUGUUAUCUGUUUGCAUGGUGAAAGAGAUCUCAGCUUUCCUGCUUUUAUGCAAAGCUUCUAAAGUGUAUCCUAAUAGUUUACUGUGCAUAUGAAUAUUUAUAAGGCCACAUAAAUAAUUAACUUGAUUGAGAUGUAUAUAUAACCUGACUGAGGUACUAAAUAAGCUUAAUGGACUGUGAUAGAAAUGUAUUGCUUCACUAGCCUGUAUAAGCAUAAAUGCUGUAUGUUCAGCCUGCUUUUUAUCAGCUACUCAGUG